UACCAUGAGCUCUCUCAGGAUCAAAAAGACUGUGUUGUUGAAGAAUAUGAGGAGAAUAAGCUUCACAAGUCCAAAGGUAUCAGAAUAUCAAUGAAGUCCAAGAUUAACAAUGUCACACUAACACUGAAGGCUAUUGAGAAUGAGGUGCCUUUUGUGCUAUCAAGUUUAUGCAGCAGCUGA